UGGGGUGUGGGGCAGGGGCUGUCAGCUGGGGUGGGGAGGCAGCCUCAGAAUCCCUCUAGGCUUCUGCUUUUGAAUAAAUCCUCCCCAGCUUCUCUCCCGUCUUCCAGGGGAGCAAGGUCUCCCCUCGGUUCACACGCUGGACCCCACCAGGUCAGCUAGGCCCUCAGCUGAGAUCAGGGAGAAGGUGACAGCUGGCUGGGGGCACCCUGCAUAUCAGCCCUGUGUGAGCAGGUGUUCAUUGCCCAUGCCAGGACCAGGGACAGCUUGAGGGCCUCAGCGAGUGCUGGAGGGACAGACACACAAAGGCCCUUUGUUGCAGCGAGGGCAGCUUCCUGGAGGGAUGCCCCAGAGGCUGACCACUCCCUGAAGGGGCUGGAGUAGGGGCAUCCCAACACAGAAUUGGUGACCCCAGCACCAGGAAGAACCACUGUGUGCCAGAGUUGAAUGUGGCUUCUGUAGCCUGAACUAUAAGGAAGCAGCCAGAGAGGCGGGCACCUGAGCGGGCCUCUGCCCAGGCCAUGUUUGCAGUUGGUCAUGGCAAAUCAUGAAUUGAGAGGCGGUUCUCAAAACAGCCCUAGUGACCGCUUCCCUGACCUCCACCCCCACCCAACAAGUGCCAGUGACUGCACAGAUGGGCCCUCUUUCUCCUACCCCAAGUCUCCUCACUGCAGGGGAACCCCUGGGGUGAGCAUGUGAGGUCUGCCCCUCCCCCAGCAUGUACACAAAAACUCACAAAAAUUACGCAUUUAACACACAUUUCCUCACCUAUUAGUUGCGGACGUUAAGAGACCUUUCCUCCAGCAUUAGGAUUAAAUCAGACAAAGCAGUUAAAGCUUUAAGCACUGAGGCCUUGGUUCUGUACAGAAAUCCCCAGGCUAGUUCAAAGACAAGAGUUGUUGGACACACCCUAGCAGGGCAAUUACCUCACAGAGCCGGGGAAUCCAGAGAGGUGGGCAGGACAGGCAGCACUUUGAUUAGCCCUGCCUUCUCCCUCCUCCAGUGGCCAGAGGCAGGCAGGAGCGACCCAGGCAGCAGUUCCGCCUACCCUCCACCCCUUCUUCAGUCUUGCACGCCUCCAGGGCUGGAAAGCUCAUUCUUCUUCCUCCUAGCAGCUCUGCCUGGAAGUCCCCCAAUCCCUGUGCUCCUGCCCCCAGAUCGUGGGCUUGGGAGACAGCAAGAAAGCUGCAAAGGACUAGGCUGGGGCGGCUCCACAAGGACCCCACAGGCUUGAGGCGUUGCCAGAUUGUAUCCCAGACGGUCUUCUGGGUCCCCCAGAGCCCUCUCAAGCACAGGGAAGCAGAAGGGUCCUCACCCAUUUCAGGAGUCUGCAGCCUGGAGGCCACAGUCAUGGCAGGCCCCCGAUACCCAGUUUCAGUGCAAGGAGCAGCCCUGGUGCAGAUCAAGAGGCUCCAAACCUUUGCCUUCUGUGUGCGCUGGUCAGACGGCAGCGACACCUUCGUGCGCAGGAGUUGGGACGAAUUCAGGCGGCUCAAGAAGACCCUCAAGGAGACCUUCCCGGUGGAGGCGGGCCUGCUGCGGAGAUCUGACCGCGUUCUCCCAAAGCUUCUCGGUCAGGCCAGCCUGGAUGCACCACUGUUGGCACACGGGGGGCGCACGAGCCGCGGCCUGGCGCGCCUGCAGCUGCUGGAAACCUAUUCUCGGAGGCUGCUGGCGACUGCAGAGCGUGUGGCACAGAGCUCGGCGAUCACUGGCUUCUUCGCACCGCAACCCCUGGACCUGGAGCCCACGCUGCCACCCGGCAGCCGAGUGAUCCUGCCCACCCCAGAGGAGCCGCCUGUCUCGCGUGCUGCGGGCCGCCUCUCCAUCCACAGUCUGGAGACUCAGAGUCUGCGCUGCCUGCAGCCUUUCUGUACCCAGGAUACGCGGAAUCGGCCUUUUCAGGCGCGGGCCCAGGAGAGCCUGGACGUGCUGCUGCGGCACCCCUCAGGCUGGUGGCUGGUGGAGAACGAGGACCAGCAGGUAGCCUGGUUUCCAGCGCCCUACCUGGAGGCGGCGGCCCCGGGCCGGGGCCGGGAGGGAGUCCCGUCCCUAGGCAGCAGCGAGCGGCCCCGCGGUCAGCAGACUCAAGCAAGGAGAAUUUGGAGAAGGGUGCGGGCGGGCCUUGGCCUAUGCUGCCCCGCGGUGACUCCAGGCACCCACUACCAGGUCCCCAUUUCUGUGCUUCCCGUGCCUACGAGAACAACCGCGCAGAUGAGCUGUCCGUGCCCGCGGGGGCGCGCGUGCGCGUGUUGGAAACGUCAGACCGCGGCUGGUGGCUGUGCAGGUACGGCGACCGGGAGGGCCUCCUUCCCGCGGUGCUGUUGCGGCCGGAAGGGCUGGGUGCACUCCUGAGCCGGACGGGGUUCCGUGGAGGAGACGACCCGGCCGGUGAGGCCCGGGGCUUCCCCGAACCCUCCCCGGCCACCGCCCCUCCCCCCACCGUGCCCACCCGACCUUCGCCGGGCGCCAUCCAGAGCCGCUGCUGCACCGUCACACGCAGGGCCCUGGAGCGGCGCCCAGGGCGCCAGGGCCCGUCCCGAGGGUGCGUGGACCCUGUGCCUGUGGCGCACCCUACUACGGAGCAGUGAGCGCGAGGAUCUCGAUGGGGGGAUGGACCGCGCCAUCCCAGGGCUAGGAGUGCGGAGGGCGGAUCUCCCUGGCCAACAGGACGGGAGGCGGGUAUUUGCUGUUCCUCUUGAGUAAAGCUUGUUCCGAAUGAC